UGCAUAUGCUCUGAAUUCGAAUUGUCAAUGACGUUGGCAACGGUCCUUGAACAAGCAAAUUGAUUGAAGUGCACCAUCCAUCGAUAUAUAAAGAUUUCUCGGUCCAGGUCUCUCCGUGUUUGUCUCUCUUGCUCGAUGUUCCCCUUCGCAAUAUCACUCUUUUUGACACAGAGCCUCGUGUUUGCCCAAGAUUUGGGUGUCCCACUAACAUGGAGGGAAUUCAGCAAUUCUCGUUUACUUGCUGAGCGCAUUUCGAUUGCUGAGGAUGCAAUCAAUACCAUCCUGCCCCAGCUUGACACCUCCAAUGCUCAGUUCGACGGCAUUGGAUAUUGGCAAUCAGGAAAUGUAUUUUCCGCAAUGGCAAAUUUUGACCACCUGGCUGGAACGACCACAUAUGAAACCCAGGUCAUUAACGGUCUUAAUACGGCGUUCAGCUUGUACUCAAAUUUCGACCAAUAUGGUAUAACGAUGACGCGAUCUGCAUAUUACGGUUACAGAGCAUACGGAGAUGAAAACCUGUUAUCGAUGGCAAUCGCUACUUGGACUCAUGUUUCGCAGUAUGUCAUCACUACCGCGGAUGCAAGUUCUGGGACACAACCCAACAAAGACUUUCCAAUAGCUGGAACAUGCUUCGGCGAAUCAAUGGCGGGUGGAGUGUUUUGGCGUCCAACAGUGGAUGAUACCGGCAUUAACUCCAUCACAACCGGGCUCUUUACAACGCUUUCCGCAUUCCUGGCUGAGACUACUGGUGAUACGACAUACACGAAUGCGGCCAUCCUUAGUGCCGAAUGGAUGCAGAACCUUCAAAUCAAUGCAGAUGGGAUCGUCCUUGAUACUGUAGAUGGCGCGGACUGCACCAGGUCCCCUGCUACUUGGCUUUUCACGUACAACUCUGGAAAGUACCUUGAGGGACUCAGUGUUCUAAAAGAUGUCACUGGCAACUCUGCGUGGACAACUUUAAUGACAGAUAUAGCUGCAGUCGCGAUUAAAUCUUCUGCUUGGGAAGGCAGUAACGGAAUUAUCACUGAAGGAGCCAGUCCAACAGCCAACAACGAUGGAGUCGGGUUCAAAGCGAUAUUUAUUCGAGGACUUGACGAAGUUAGCGUACGCAGCAGUGAUAACAGUGCUCUUCAAAUUUUGAUCCACAGCUACAACGAUGUACAAUAUAACGCCCUGCUGGAGCUCGCUGACAAUGGCACCUCAUAUUCCUCUUCUUGGACUGGACCUCCGCAAGGCUUCACGACAUGGGGCCAACUUGCUGCUCUUGAUGUUAUGGUCACCGCCAUCAACACUAAUUCUCCCUGAUUCCUUGAAGUCUGGCUCGAGUCGUCCUCCUCUUUUC